AUGUCACCACUAGAAAAGGAUGGUGGCUCAGCGCAGCCGCCUCGGCACCCAGUGCCACAACUUCAAGGUCCAUUCGAAGAAUCCAUGAUGGAAUCUUUGAAUGAUUUGGAGGAGGGUGAACAGAAAACAGACUCAAUCGCAAGACGCAAGAUGCUCCUUCAGGGCGAGAGGUACGAGCGGGUAUGUGCAGGACGUUGGAAGCAGAGACCCGGGGAGAAGUUUCAUCCUCUCUGGAAGCUUUCAGCACAGCUAUCGUUCGGUCUCCAUCUUCUCGCUCAAGGUCUGGCCAAGUCGGAGGAAGAGGUCAUGAGGAUCCUGCAGUCACACGUUGACGACAUUGACGGCUUUCUAGAACGCACCACUGAGGACUUCGAUCUUGCUCAAAGCGAUGUAGAGGAAAGACUACGCUAUCUACGACUACCUUUAGAGCAUGUGGAAGUUUUUGAUCACAUGCUAGACGACAGGACUUUCAGAAGCUCCAUUGUCGAAGGAAACGAGAAGAUUGAGCACAUUGUGGAAAGGACUUCCGAAGCCAUGAAGGACGCUCUGAAGGACGUCCAGAAGGGUAUCGACGCUACUGGGGCUCUAGGGAAAUAUCUGACAGAGCUGAAGAGCAACUGGCCUGAUAGGACACCCGAGAUGGACGCGGUCUAUAUUGCCAUGCUUGGCAACGUGGAAGGGUGGACUCGUGCGUUUACGGACCUUCAACUGCAAGGAAAGAUGCUCGCUGUGAGUCUCGUACAGUUAGCAAAUAUCGUCGGAGAGAUGCAGAGGAGAGCAGGAAUAGCAAGCAGAAAGGUUUUGCUUCCUUACAGUGGUCCUGCGAACGGAGAUGUUUCGGGCGGCAAGAGAGGUACUGUCACGCGGAAACAACAAGCAAAAUCCCCUGGGCUGACGUCUUCCCGAUCACCUCAGCCAAGUCCAAAAGUGCCACCAAACAAGCCUCUGCCUAUGGCGCCUGAUCUGAUGGUACCCGCGCGACAGGCUUCCCGAGCCAAGCUUGCACAUGAGAAGCUCAGGAGGCGCAGUCUGGACGUUCUACGGGAGCAGCAGGAGAAGACAAAAGCUGCUCAGUCGCAGUCCGAAAAAAAACCAUCGGUGGCGGAGAAAUUCCGGUCCGUUGCGAGGAGAGGAUCCGCACAAACCGUCGUAAGUCACGCAAAGCCCUCAAAACCAUCAAAGCCAUCAAAGCCAUCAGGCGCGGGGUUCCCAGCGACACCGAAGUCAACGGCUCCAGCUCUCAGCUCGCCCAAGUUCAUGUGGUCUGAAAGUGCCAUUCGGUCGUUAGCGCAACCAGGUCUCAAGGAGCGACUCCCUCGAGGAGUCCCCAGCGGUCAGCCCGGUACGGUCAUAGAGCUUCCUGCUGAGGUGCCUGAUGAGAGUGCUGUGACCAAUGAGACGCCGAAGAAAGGCGGGCUCCUCAUUCACCUCGGCUCGAAACAUAAAAACAAAGAGCAUAGUUCAGCGCCAUCAUCUUCAAAGUCGCUGAACAUUUUUCGUAAAUCACCGCAGUCUUUACAGGCACCGGAGUCAACAACUGAAUCUGAACCAGCCGAAGCAGCGACCCUCUCGCCAGCGCCAGCAAAUACCUCUCCAAGUGUCGAGGGGACGCGGCAAACCGAAAAUCAGCUGUCGCCGCCAUUGGUAUCUCCACCACUACGUUCGAGUCCUGAUCCAGGUUUACCUACGCCACCUGCUCUCAUCCCCACAAAGGAGCCGAGUUCUUAUACUGCCUUGCCAGACAUCCUUGCGACAGCUCAAAGAGCGACAGCGGUUAGAGCUUCGCUCAGGAUAUCUGUGCCUUCGUCAGGGUCUCCAGAACCUGAGCGGACGCCAAGGGCCAUUCCUUCCCAGCCUCCCGAUACUACGCAUACACCGACGACACUCACAGAGCUGGCAUCUAAUGCUUCGAACACCCAAGCGAUAUCAGAGAACGAAUCAAAGGACACUUGCUACGACGCAAGUCUUAGUGAGCGUGGGUCGCAAGUACCCGUGCUCGAUACUGCUAAGGCAUCAGUCCAAGAAUUGACGACGGAGCAGGACGGUGAAAAGACGCCCACCACAAAUGUAAGACCACAGGUGGAUAUACCAGUUGCUACAGAUAUUGCAGCACAGGAGGCCAAAGAUUUCUACAAGCUACCACCUCAGCAGACGUCACCAACACCGCCUCCUAUCACGCCAGAAGAGUCCCUAGCCAAUCAGUCCAUUGCUUCUAGUGUGGCCCCAUCCGCAAGCCAUAGCAAAACAGCAAGCAUCCAGGAGGCGGCAAAAGAAAUCGAGCCGAGCCAAACCAAGCCCGAGGAGCAGCCUCCUCCAUCGCGCUCAUCGCAGCGCAAACCAGCUUCGCCGCAGAAGAACUCGACGAACCCGAAAGACCUGCGACUCAAACCAAGGAACAAGGACCUCCAAAAUCAGUCCGAACUCCUCGAUAUGAUUGCGUGCACGCCUCCCCACAGUCCAAUACACCGUCGGACUUCGUCUGAUGGCUCAGCACUCAAUGCGGUCGGCAGGACGUCUUCAACGUCCAGGAUCCUUGCGCCGCCAGAUGAGGCACCUCCCCCGCCGGCGCCCGGCGGGCGAAGUAUGAUCAACCCCGACUAUGCUGCAGCAGGUGCAUUUGAAGGGGAGCGCAAGCUCAAGCGAGGUAGUGGGACGAACUCGAGUGGGUGGAAGAAGAUGUUUGCAGCCGCAGGAGGGAGCGCAUCAACAGCCAAUAGCCCAGGUAACAGUAUGGGUACGUUGGGUGGGGCUGGAGCGAAAGUAGAGGAUGAGAAGAUCCAAAUGAGUGCGAACUUGAUGAGUGGUGAGGGAAAUGAUGUGCUCUGGUACAAGGGCAUGGGCAGGGAUGGUUUAUGGGUAUCUGGAGCUUGA